AUGGCGAAAGAGGACGGCGACGGCGGCGGCGACGACGACGACGCGGCGACGGCGAAGGAGGACGCCGCGGACGCGCGCGCGACGACGGCGAGCGCGAACGACCCGACCGAUCCGACGCCGCCGGGGACGGAGGAGGCGGAAAUAAUGGACGACGUCGCCGAGAGAAUCGAAUCCCCCCGUCGCGGGGUCGACCCGGUCGACGCCGCCGCCGCCGCCGCCGCCGCCGCGCCCGGUCCGUCGCCGUCCACCGCGGACGACGACGACGCGGAAACAACGCCCGCGCGGCUGUUCGUCGGCAACGUCGCGGAAUCGAUCGACCCGGCGACGUUCCGCGCGAGGCUCGAAGCGUUCGGCGACGUCGCGAGCGCGAAUCUCGCGACGAAGCGCGGCGGGCGCGCGUCGCGCGGGUUCGGCUUCGUCACGUACGCGUCGAUGGCGUCCCAGCGCGCGGCGCUCGCGAGCGACGACGUCGCGUUCGACGUCCCGAACGGCGGCGGCGCGAGAGCGACGUGGACGGUGCGCGUCUCGCAGAAACCGAAAUCGCCGGGGGACACGCCGCGAGAGGACGGAGGCGACGGGGAAGCGGGGAAGACCGCGAGGGGCCCCGCGGACUUCGACGCGUCCUCGUCGAGAUCGAAGAAGGACGAGAAGGACACGAAGCCGCCGCCCGAAGGAGGGGCGCCGCGAGCCGGGGACCAGGGUCCGCCGACUGAAAAAAACCCCAGCGUGAAAUAUUUCGUCGGCGGGAUCGGGAACACGACGUUUGAAACGCUGCGCGCGCACUUCGCGAAGUUCGGCAAGAUCAUGGCGUGCAACGUCGUGCACCGCACCGACGGACGACCGCGCGGGUUCGGGUUCGUGACGUUCGAGAGAGAGGAAGACGCGGAGAAGGCGCUACUGGAGAAGCACGAGGUGGACGGGAAGACCUGGGACGUGAAAACCGUGCAGCCGAAUUCCUUCGUGGACUCUCGAGGGACGAAGGGCGUGGGCGGCGCCGUCGAGGGCGAUUGGAGAUGCCGGCGAUGCGACAACGUGAACUUCAAGUGGCGCGACGCGUGCUUCAAGUGCAAGCACGCGCCGCGGUUCGAGAGCGGAGGGGGAGGGGGCGGCGGCGCGCGAAGAGGGGGCGGGGACGACCGGCCCCGGUCGAGGGACGGUCAGGUGCGUUCUAUACACUGGUCCCCAUACGACCGCGUCGGCGUGGUGAACGCCGAUCCUUAA